CCUACGUAACGUGACGCAACGGCAGAUAGCGAGUGAGCGAGUCAGUGAGCGAGUCCUUCACUCCGCCGUCACAAAAACCUCCCCAAGUUCCCAACGACGUUCGAUUCGACGAUGAUCAAUGGUGACGAAGAUGAUGCCACACCAUCCCAAUCACGGCAACCCUCCUCCGCCGCCUCUUUGCACUGUUAGGUCUCCUCUCCCUUCGCCUUCGCCUUCGUCUUCCCCCAUGUCCCUGGAUGCCCCCUCUAGAGUUCGAUUAUCCGAUAUUCUGCCCUACGACGGCGCCCCCAUGGGCCCCUACGUAAAAGCACUCGAUACCUUGUCCACUUCCCUCAUGCGCUACAACGCCGCCGUAAUUGAGCUUGGCUCCGACGAUGCUGCCUUGCUCCGCUGCGCCCUUGAGUCUUCCCGCCUUUACUUUCGCACAAGGAAGGCUGGCCGAGGGGUUUACACCUACAGGGCUGGAAGGUCUUUGGAAGAUGUGGAUUCAUAUCCUCCGUGCUUGGCUGACACUUUCAGAUGCAUGGGGAGAGCAGCUCGUGCUGCUUUGAGUGCAAUAGCGAGACAUCUUCGGCUCCGUAGCGAUGUUUUCAAUCACUUGCUUGAUGAUUGCCCGUUGCCCGCUAACGAGCCAUCUUCAUCAGUUCUCAUUGCCACAUUCUCCCAGUCCCAGUUAUCCACGCAUGGGAAAAAUGCAAAUGGAGGAGGGAAGCCUGUGUUAGGUUAUGAAGUUGAGAAGGGUUUGCUAGUGUUGAUAUCCUCUGAUGUCCCUGGUAUUCAGGUUUGCGACCCCAAUGGCUGUUGGUAUCAAGCAGAUAGAGGCUUGGCACCUGGGGACCUUUUGCUGCUUACAGGAAAGGUUCUCAGCCAUACAACUGCAGGACUUCGACCUGCUACCUCAUAUCGAGCCACACCAGAUAAUCUUGUGAUCCCUGGAAGUGUUGGAAGAACCUCGCUGGCAUUUAGACUCAUGCCACAAGGGAGUGCAAUAUUGGAUUGUGCUCCAAUUGCUGCAGCUGGGCAUGUUAUUUCUCAGAACUUUGUGCCAAUAUCAGUACGCCAGUUUAUGGGUGAGCUCUCAGCUGAGGAAGAUGGGUUGUGUAAUCACACUGAUAAUGCUUAUGUAUCUGCAGAUGACUUUAAUAAGGAACCGUCGUUGAGAAGUGUUUUGUCAGAUCCUUUGUCGGGUGCAUUCCUUGAGGAUGCCAUGCUGGUUUCUUGUGGGCAUUCAUUUGGUGGUCUAAUGCUACGAAAAGUCAUUGAAACAUCCAAAUGUACCCUCUGCAAUUCAGAAAUUAAGGCUGGAUCUAUGAUCCCAAAUCACGCUUUGAGGGCUGCAGCUCUGACAGUGAAACAAGAGGACGAUCGUCGACUUUUUCAUAAUGCAGCUCUGCGGAAGCGCAGGAAGGAGGCAAAUGAGAACAGGGAAAACGGCGAUGCAACUCCAGAAAAUGGUUCACAUAGAGCCUUACAAUAUCCUUUCUCGGUUAAUGAGAAGGUUGUCAUCAAGGGAAAUAGGCGGACACCUGAUAAGUUUGUCGGCAAGGAGGCUGUGAUUACAUCACAAUGCUUGAAUGGCUGGUAUUUGCUUAAAAUUAUUGAGAGUGGCGAAAAUGUGCGGUUACAAUACCGUUCGCUGAGAAAAAUCCCAGCAUCCCAUGAUUCAGAGGAGAGAUGCACAUCCCAACCACUUGAGAGUCGCAGCAGCUAGUUUUGGGAUAUGAAUAUGCAUAUAUAUAUAUAUAUAUAUAUCAUUGUUUGAUAGAAUGUUUGUUAACAUAAAUUUAGGGAUAGGGAAAGGGAAAGGGAAGGUUAAGCUUCUGUAUCAGCUAGUUUUAUUGUUGUUCUAGGUUGUGUAGAUACAAGCCAGAUAAGAGCAGGACAGAAAGAGUGGUUGCUAGUUCCAACUUCUUAGUGUAAAAAUGUUUGGUAGCUAAGCAUGUCUUUCAGAUUACUAGACUACUUUUUUCCUAAAUGUCUUUUAGACUUGGUGUUCAAAUCAUUUAUUUAUGUUAUGUUGAAUGAAUCUACCAGUUGUUAAA